AUGCAGCUAUCGCAGGGAUCAAUGGCCGCGUCGGGAGACGACGACAUGGCCGACCUCGUGAUCUCCUCGCUCCCACUCGAGACGCGGUGCCCGCCCUACCAUCUCAGGCAGCACGGCGGCUUCUGGUUCUCCGAGCCGUUUCUCCCGGCCGUCGCGGCCGCCCGCGCGCGGUUCGAGGCCAGGCCGUCCGACGUCCUCCUCGCCAGCUUCCCCAAGUCCGGCACCACCUGGCUCAAGGCCCUCGCCAUCGCCACGCUCCACCGCGCCGACCAUCCGCCGCGCUCCCUCGACCACCCGCUCCGCCGCCGUAACCCCCACGACUGCGUCGAGACUCGAGACAGCGGCGAUGACGUGCUCGCGGCGCUCCCUUCGCCGCGCCUGCUCGCCACCCACCUGCCGUACACCCACGUGCCGAAGAGCGUGACCACCGAGGGCGCCGGGUGCAAGAUUGUGUACGUCUGCCGCGACCCCAAGGACGCGCUUGUCUCCAAGUGGCUAUUCACCAAGAAGAGAUUGGCGUUCGCGGCGGUUGACGACAGCCCGCCCAAGCCAUACACAAUCGAUGAGAUGUUCGAGCUGUUCUGCGACGGCCGAUGCACCUGCGGCCCGCAAUGGCACCACGUCCUUGGCUACUGGGAGGCGAGUCGGAGGCAGCCGGAGAAGGUGCUCUUCCUCCGGUACGAGGAGAUGCUCCGUGACCCGGUGGGCAACGUGAGGAAGCUGGCGGAGUUCAUGGGGUGCGCGUUCUCCGUCGAGGAAGAGGCGGCCGGGGUCGCGGAGGAAGUCGUAGAGCUGUGCAGCAUGGACACUCUCAAGAACAUGGAGGUGAACAAGAAUGGCACCCAAAACCACGUCAGGAAUGAGGCUUUCUUUCGGAAGGGCGUAGCCGGGGACUGGAGCAACCACAUGACACCGGAAAUGGCGGCACGGCUGGACAAGAUCGUGGAGGAUGCGCUACGAGGGUCGGGCUUCGCCUUCGGUGCCACCGCCGAGUCCGCGUGAUCGAGCCGUCUGCAGAUAUGGAAGUCGAUGCGGCGGAAGCAAGCACGAAAAUUCGAUCAGAUGCAGGAAAUGGAGCAGUGCUUGAUCGAUCGAUGUUGAUGGAAAAAACAAUGUAUGCAGUGUUUGGUCGACUGAUUCGGCGGAAGCAAGCACGCAAUACAAUCAGAUCCAGGAAAUAAAGUAGUGUUUGGUACUCCCUUCGUCCGAAAAAACUUAUCCCAAACUUGUCUGAUGUAUCUAGCACUAACUUGAUGCUAGAUACAUUCAUUUGAGGAACAAGUUUGUUCGGACGG